AUGCUCCGACUUCUUUUCUUCGUGUUGUUAAUAUUCUCGGCCGUUUCGACUGAGUCAUGUAUCAGUCAGGAUACGAAGGAUCCGGACAUUCGGAUGAUCGAAUUGGAAGAUUCCAGCAAAGACUCCAGCGAAUCAGAAAUCGUUGCUAUACACUUCCCAGAUAGACGAAGAAGGGAAAUCGAAGUCAAAAAAGAGAAAAAAAGCAGCAACUUAUGCAAAAACGAUGAUGAUUGUAAUUCAGGAUUAAACUGUUUAGCACUGACUUGCGUAAAAGAGCGGAUAAAUCCUCAGAAAACAGCCAAUUAAAACAAUGUAAAUAAGGAAAGGAAGCAAUAAGGAAAUGAUGGUGACGUAACGACAAUUUGGCAAUUUCAUAUAUUAUAACAGUAUACCGAUGAAAUUUUUUGUGGAGUAAUCUUGUUGCCCUCGCCGAACAAUAAGUGUGUUUGCUUCAAUCCAAUGAUCGAUUUGCCAUUAUCAUCAAUA